UUUCGGCGCCGUGGAAGCAAUAUUGCGCACACUCUUCCUUUUUUGACUUGAGAACGCCAAACUUAGUGGUAGAUUAUCGUCUUAGAUUGAGUAAAUCUAUCCCCUAGGUACUUCCCGGAUUUCUCUCUCAAUAUGACUUCAUCUCUCUACCUCACCACCACCACCUCAUCCAUUAUAAAUUCUGCACUUCCCUUGCUUGGCUAAUUCAACUCUCUCAUGGUCAUGGAUGACAACAAUUGGGAUCUACACGCCGUGGUCAGAGCUGCCAGCUCCUUCGCAGAGGAGGAGGAGGAGGAUGUCGUACAAGUUUCAAAUGACAAACUUUUCAGCGUCUUUCAUGAGCUACAGGAUCUCUGCAAGCCUACGGAAUUCCACCUACAACAGCAAGCGCCGCCGCUUGAUCUCUCCCUCACAGCUCCUCUGCUCCCUGCUCGGCGGCAGCAGAGCAGGGGAGCCCAUCUCUCUAAACGAAGGAAGAAUCCUGUUAAGAAGGUGUCUUGCCAAGUACCGGCCAACGGCGUCCACCCGGACCGAUGGGCGUGGAGGAAGUACGGGCAGAAGCCCAUCAAAGGCUCCCCUUAUCCACGGGGAUACUACAGGUGUAGCAGCUCCAAGGCUUGUGAGGCAAAGAAGCAGGUGGAGCGAAGCAGGGCGGAUCCGGAGAUGUUGCACAUCACCUACACGGCGGAGCACAACCACCCCGUCCCUACGCACCGGAACUCACUCGCCGGAACCACUCGCCAGAAGCCGAUAGACGCCGUCCAAGCACCGGCGGGCGGUGACUUGGACUUUUUGACCGAGAGAGGAAUAAGCUUCGAAGACCAUUUGCUCACUUGCUCCGACGUGGUGGCUCCGGUGCCGGCAGACGGUCACUCAUUUUCCGAUUACUUGAUUUAAUUUUAAUUUGCAGCCGAACUUGCAACGAGAAUUAGUCAAUCUUCUGGAGAAAGUCAACCCAAACAAACUGCUCUUACUUUUCGUUUCAAGUUAAUUAAAAUUAUUUUAAUAUAAUUAUAGUAAUUUUAAUCGGUCAAAACUACGAA